CAGAAAACUGAGUCAGAGAGGUGCAGAUCAAUGCGGCGGUGGUGGUGCGCCGCCGGCGGCCUCGCCCGCUGCGUCCUCUCGUCCUCCACCUCCGCCAUAGCAUCCCAUGCCCGCCCGCUGCCGGCACCCCUGAUGCCCAAAUCUCCCUCCUUUACCGUCCCUUUCUCCUUGUCCUGUCGCAGGCACCACUCUCUCCAGGGAUUCUUCCACCUGGUCAUCGCUUCUUCCUUCCGCCCUCCGUCGGCGCAUCAUCAGCAAGUGCGGCACUACGCCAAGAAGGAGAGGUCGCGCGCUCCGCUCACGCCCACUAAAUCCAAAGUCAAGAAAUACAAGAUGAAGGCCCCCUCGUCCAUGAAGUUCAGAUUCAGAACCAUGAAAGACGGACAGGUCCGCAGGUGGAGGGCCGGCAAGCGCCACAAUGCACACCUCAAGUCUAAGGAGGCCAAACGGAGACUUCGGAAGCCUGCUUUGGUGCAUUUGGCCUACGCAAAGGUUAUAAAGAAGCUCAACUUCUGUGGGUAGCAAAUCAAUAAAGACAUAGCGGAGUUUGGCAUGGGAAACUAGUUAACUGAUACUGACCGCCAACCGCUGCAUCUCAGUUGUAAACGCUGGAGCCUCUCCUUGGACCAAAUACUUGCUUUUUGUCACAUGAUGCAUUAUCUCGUCUGUUCAGACACUGGUGAGGAGCCUUUUGUUUUCUGCAAAUGUAGCUGGUAUAAUUUUCGCUGCAUUCUGUUAUGCACACAAUCGGAGAGAUUCAUCGUGAGUAGUUUGGAAAUAGCUGCCAGCAAAUAAAAAAGCUCUGUAACAUCCAAUGGCUACAGUUCUUUGUUGUGGUU